GUGACUCCAUUAAAUGUUCUUGUGAUAAAGAAUGUGUGUGUGUGUGUGUGUGUGUGCAUGUGAUGUAGAUUAAACAUGAACGGGCCAAAACGGACAUGGCAGCAGGUCAAAAUCAAAUACAAGAACAUUCUGCAGAAUGCAGUGAAAAAGAAUACCCACAGACAAGGCACGGGUGGUGGGUCACCAAAGGCUGACCUUACCCCAGCAGAGGACAUGGCCUUGGAGCUAAAUAAAGGCAGGCCCGUCUUAGAGGGGAUCCCUGGGGGGAAAGAGACGAGCAUAGGUUCCUCCCAAGAUGCCACCCGCUUCAUUCAAGUGUCUGGCAGCACUGUGUUCCUGUUAGAGCCACCAGCACAAGCACCAGACGAUGCUGAUCCAGGUGAAAGCCCCAGUGCAGCAGCAACAGCACAUGAUGGAGACGAUGAUGAGGAGGAGACCAUCUCUCUGGAUUCCAGAAGGCAUGAGGACCCAGAUGCUAUACAGUGGGAAAACCAGCCUGGCAACAUAAGCUCACAAGCUAUCAGAAAGUUGUAUGGCAACCACCUCCGGCGCCAAAUAGAACUGGCAGACAUAGACAUUCAGUACAAGAAGAAAAAGAUGGAAAAUCUUGCACUGGAGUCCGAAAUAAAAAAGAGGACAAUUAGGAAACUGGACCUUGAAAUAAAAAAACUUGAGAGGGAGCUCCAAGAAGAUGACACAGCUCAAAAUAAAAAUUAGCAAUCAGUACAACCAAGUCAUCGUUAUAAGGCACCGG